AGAGUGUGGGCGGCCCUCUGAAGCGUGAGAAGGGGUUUCCAGCACCUACCCUUCCCGCCGCCCCUUCCAUUAGGGCCUCGGCUUCCAAUCGCCUCUGUCGGGCUGCGGUGGAAUCCCGAGGAAGAGCUGGGGGACGCAGGCGGGGAGAUGGCUACGGCUUCGGUCUCCGCAACUUCUGAUUCUCCGUUCUCGCCAUAGGAGGGGACCGGAGAGAUGGCUCAGCAUUUAAGAGCACUGGCUGCUCUUGGAGUGGAUUCAGCUUCAGUUCCCAGCACCCAUAUGGCACCUAACAUGAACCUCCUAGCUGAGUCAUCAAGAUUUAAUGGAACCGUGGUUCGUCAGUCUUCUCCAUAUGUGUUAUACCCACCUGAUAAGCCUUUCCUUAAUAGUGAUCUGCGCCGCUCCCCAAAUAAGCCCACCCUUGCCUAUCCAGAAAGCAACAGCAGAGCCAUAUUUUCUGCUCUUAAGAAUCUUCAAGAUAAGAUUCGACGCUUGGAACUUGAAAGGAUUCAGGCAGAAGAAAGUGUGAGAACCUUGUCUAGGGAAACAACUGAAUAUAAGAAAGUUCUGGAUGAACAGAUACAAGAAAGGGAGAAUUCGAAGAAUGAGGAAUCUAAGCACAGUCAAGAACUGACAUCCCAAUUGUUAGCUGCUGAAAAUAAAUGUAAUCUUUUAGAGAAACAAUUGGAAUACAUGCGAAAUAUGAUAAAGCAUGCAGAAAUGGAGAGGACAUCUGUCUUAAAGAAACAGGUUUCCCUAGAAAGAGAACGACAACAUGAUCAAACUCAUGUUCAAAACCAACUGGAAAAACUGGAUCUUCUUGAACAGGAGUAUAACAAACUUACCACAAUGCAAGCCCUUGCAGAAAAAAAAAUGCAAGAGUUGGAAGCAAAACUCCAUGAAGAAGAGCAGGAAAGGAAACGUAUGCAAGCUCAGGCAGUGGAGUUGCAGACUGGUCUCGAGGCAAAUAGACUGAUUUUUGAAGAUAAGGCAACUUCAUAUGUUCCCAGUACUAGAAAAAUUAAAAAAAAGAAGACAAAACCACCAGAAAAGAAAGGUUCUAGAAACUACUUCAGUGCACAACCACAUUACAGAUUAUGCUUGGGUGAUAUGCCUUUUGUUGCUGGAAAGUCCACCAGUCCUAGCCAUGCUGUGGUAGCCAAUGUUCAACAUGUUUUACACCUAAUGAAGCACCACAGUAAAGCUUUGUGCAACGAUCGAGUUAUCAACAGUGUUCCUUUGGCAAAGCAAGUUUCUUCACGAGGCAGCAAGAGUAAGAAGUCAGUGACGCCUCCCUCCUCCAGUGUUAGCCAAGAGCUGUCGGAGGUCUUACAGACUUUACAGGAUGAAUUCGGACAAAUGAGUUUUGAUCACCAGCAGCUAGCUAAACUUAUCCAGGAGUCACCAACCAUGGAACUGAAAGAGAACUUGGAGUGUGAACUGGAGGCAUUAGUAGGAAGGAUGGAAGCAAAAGCCAGCCAAAUAAGCAAAGUUCGAAAAUACCACGCCCAGCUGGAGAAACAGAACAUAGAUAAGCAGAAGAAGGAAUUAAAAGCUAACAAAAAAACUCUUGAUGAAGAAGGAAACGGCAAUGGCCUUUCCUCUGGAAUCACAAGGACCACAAGUAAGAAGGAUUUUGCCAAACUGAGGCCUGGAGAAAAAAGCAGGAAAAAUCUUCAGUUAUUGAAGGACAUGCAAACCAUACAGAAUUCAUUACAGAACAGUAAUCCCUGUUGGGAUUACUGACUGGUAACAGAUGAUGAUAAUGUGUACCUUACCAGAUGAUGACAGUAUACUUCCUAGGUCUCAUGCUUGCUUAUGCUGGAAGCAGGUGUGCAGGGAGGGGCCCAAGCUUCAGUACAUAAUUUCUUUGUGUUACAGAGCACAACCAAAUGUGAAGCCAUUUAAAUGGAAACCAAGGGGUUUUACAGCCUGAGAAGCUGCACCCUUUCUUUGAAUUUGCUGUAUGAUACAUUGCACUUUGUAAGCAAAUUACCCAUUUUUUUUAAAUUUGUCGGUGUUUUUUAAAGUAGAUCUUUGUAGAUGUAAAUUGGGCUUAAUUUUCAGAAUAUGAAGCUGUCUGCAUAGACAACACUAAAGUCUCAUUUUUAAAUCUUCCAUGGCAUUAAGUGUCCACUUUCACUUCUCCAUGUGAUCAUUAAAUGUACUAUUUCAACUACUGAUGGAAGCUUUCUGUAUUUAAAUAUUUAUUUAAGGACUUUGUUUUGAUAUUUCAGACAUUGAUCAGUAUUAAAUAUACUUAUUGCUUUUUAAUCCACCUUUUGAAUGCAUAAAAAUUUAAUUCAAUUACCCAUGAAAAACAACAGCAUCUUUAAAAGUAUAAACAGCUGUUAAUGAAAUAAAUGAGAUUUUUGGAAAUAAUUAGGAGAGAAGGGGGAUACUGUGAAGUGUACACAUCUGCAGUCUUUAGCACCUAAUUGUAAUCAUGUUAUUCAGUUAAGGCACUGGUUUUUAAUCUUGAAUUUUAGCAAGCCCCUUGAAUAUUGCUUUUUUUAGUAUACAGUGUAACUGCAAUAUGUGAACUGUAAACAACUGUCAUUAUGUCAGUGUAUAUUAUAAUUUUGAAUAGAUUGACAUGUUAACUUUAUACAUUUGGUACAGGAGUCAAUAAAGCAAUUUUUAACUUUUCCUUAAUAGCCUGUUAACAAAGGCUUUAUUUGUGGUACACUCUCAAAAAUGCAUUUUGAACAGUACCUUGAUUAUGAGAACCUGCUCCGUUAGACUGCUGUUCUUGUGCCUACACAGAGAGUAAGCAAGCCGCCAAGAUCAGUUACUUUAUGGAAGACACUCUAAAUAGGCUGUGGGCAUGCUAGCCACAUACUCAAGAAGCUGAGUUAGCGGCUUACUAAUUACAUGUAAACACCAUGAAGUGUUCAUGCUGCUUAGGCCCUAUGCUUGUCCAUGUCUUACUGAAUGUAGCGUUCUUAAAUUAGUGUCCUUAUAUAAUUUUUGAGAUAUUUGUGAAUCUCCAAAAAACUGUGUGUAAACUUU